AUGGCGCGGACGAUGCCGCCGUCUCCCUCGCCUCGCGCCGCCGUCAAGAGAGAAUUCGACGUCGCAGAGCCCAGCGCUCACACGCCGGCGCCGCCGCGGAGGCCGCCUCCCAGGGACGCGUUCUUGGCCGGCUUAACGCCGACGCCUGCGUGCUCCGCCGUCAAGGUCGAGCCCGGCGCGGACGCCGGGGUGGGGGGCCACCGGAGGGCGGCCGGGAAACCAAACGAGUCGCGGGACCCCCGCUCCGUCAAGAGGCCGGCGGCAGCGGAGCCUCCCACCCUCUGGCUCAAUCGCCGCCGACUGGGCCAGAUCCUCCACGAGCUCUCGGGAGCGCAUCGGUGGCGCGACGCGGCCCGCGUCGUCUCGACGCUCCUCAGCGGCAACCGAAGGCCUGACUCCUACGAGGAGACCCGCAGAAUGUUCGUGGUGGCCAUGGAGAUCCAUAAGCGGCUUGCUGAGGACAGCAGCGUGCAGCACGGCGGCAGGAGCAGCUACUACCUCAGAACGCAGAAGUUGUUCAAUGUUUGGAUGCGAAAGCUGAUUUGGUUUCCUUCUUGCCCAAAAAAAAACUUGGUUACACUUGAACUGGCCCUAUUUUACCUUUCACAAGGCAACAUCGACAAUGCGCACAUCGCAACAAGAACCCUUAUCGCCAAGGGCAAACUGCAGACAGAACCAAUCUUAAAUCUGGUUCAUGGUUUGACAUCAUUUGAUAAAUGGUACUCUGGCUUGCCUAAAGACAUGCAAGUUGAGGAUUUUGAUGUUUAUGAUGAAUCAUGCGGUAUUUCCAUGGAGUCAAAUGGUUCUGAAGGAACUGAUCUUCUGGAUAAUUCAGAUGAGGAUAGCAUGGAUAUUGAUGCGUCCAGUUUAGCUUCUUGCUCUUCAGAAAGUUUGAUCAAUAAUGAGAAUAUAGACAGAAAAAUGAAUAACAAAUCUGGUUAUGUUCACCCUAAGGAGGAAAUGGAUCCACUUGAAUCACAAGCAAAUGAAAACUUGCGAAGCAUAUUUUUGGAUACCUAUGAUGGUCCUACAUGUGGAUUGGAGCAGAGCCUGCUGCCUUUAAAGCUAAAGUUUGCUACUGGGGCUUCCAAUGAUUGUUUUGAUAAAUAUAUGAAGUACAAGUCAGUGCCUAAUACCUUAUAUGAAGAUGCAGAAAAAUGUCUAAGAUUGGCUCUUCAUUCAAAUCCGCCGGUGAUGGCUGCGUUAUUGCCACUAAUACAGAUUCGCCUCCUUGGUGAUAAACUGAAAGAUGCACUAAAUGAGCUUGAAAAGGCCUGCCUCAGUUCAACUACAGCCCUCCCUUUCAGGUUGAGAGGUAGGCUGCUGGAAGAGUAUGACCAAAACCAGGUAUCAACCAUUUCUUCUUGCUAUGAGGAGACUUUGAGAAGAGAUCCUACAUGUAGCUACUCCAUGGAGAGGCUAAUCAAAAUGCAUAGAAAAGGUGAUUGCAAGCUCCUGGCUGCUAAGGCAGCGUGUGCUGCUCAUUUGUUUGGACCAGAAUUCCCAUAUGUCAAAGCAGUUGGGAGCUAUAUUGCAAAGCAAGAAGCUCUGGAUGAAAUCAGUAUCCUAGUCAGAAAUAAGCAGAACUCUGUCAGGCUAUUAGAAACUUUGGAGAAACUAACAUCAUGA